AUGGACAGGGCGUCCGGCCGGGACACGCCCGAGGGGCCGCAGACGUCGCGCGAGUCGAGGAAGAGGAGUUUCGCGGACACGGGCGGGUCUGAUGACACGCCACCGCCGCGGGAGUACGCGCAGAGGCACCUGGAGGAAGACGAGGUCGCCAGCAGGCCGCCCAAGGCGCCCAAGGGCCCGUUCCGAUCGAGGGCGUCGCCGAUGCGCCCGGAAUCGGGCGCGGAAUCUGGGGCGGAGGGGGAUGGGGAUGGCGACGGGGAUGUGUCCGGGGGUGGGCGGCACGAUGCCGACAAGUCGUCGAAGGGGAAGAUGAUGGGCCUCGCGGCCAGGGUCAAUGCGCGCAUCCCGAAGCUGUGGCCGCUCGGGGCGAAGAGGCUGUCCGACAACGUCGCCCGGCAGGGGGCCGGCACGAGGUCGGUGGCGCAUGAGGGCGCGGUCGUUCCCCAAUGCCGGCUUGGCGAAGACCAGGGGAGCUACUGCGAAGGAGAACGGAUGCAUGGUGUGGGAAACAUUAUUCAAGAACAUGGGUUUCCCCAUUUCAUCUGUCUCCAGGAAGUCACCUGGCAAAUUUUGCGCAUUCUCAGGGAGGCCGCCUGGUGGCCCAGAUAUGUGUCGUCUGAACCUCUGCAACAGAGAUACUUCACACUCAUGCUGUGUAGAAAAGACGUUCUGGAUGGGCCACUCUUCUUCAACCAUGAGGAGUUCCCAAGCAGCAUCAUGGGUCGGGGACUCUUGAGCACCGAUGUAACCAUACAGAGCUGCCCACUGGCAGUGGCCACUUCUCACUUGGAGAGCCCAUGCAAUGGCCACACGUACCACAAUGAGCGGGUUUCCCAAAUGCAGAGGGCUUUGGAGACGCUUGACGCUCUCCCAAGUGCUAACGUGCUCUAUGCUGGCGACAUGAACUGGCAGAGGGCUGACGAACCUGAUGGCCCGCAACUGCCAAAUGGCUGGGUCGAUGCAUGGAUGACCUUGCGCCCAGGAGAAGAGGGCCUGACAUACGACCCAUCAAAAAACACAAUGGCACCAGCUCCCAGCAGGUACAAGGCACGUCUGGACAGAGUCUUCUGCAAGUUGAGAGAUUGGCGACUAGAAAGCAUUCAGCUGGUUGGACAAGAACCGAUUUCAAACCGGUCUUCUACCCGCAAAUUCGGGAAGCGGUCAAAGGUGAGAAGAGCAGGCAAGAGACAAGAGCUGAUGUUGGCCAUGUGCAUUGCCGAGAGGUCCGAAUCGCCAGUGUACUACCUGAUGAUACUCUGA